UCUAUAUACACGCAGAAGCGAGUUUCGAUCUACCCUACCUAAGUACUCACAAUCCAAAUUUCCUAUGCUUUUAGCAAGAACAUAUCGAAUUGGUAGUAUCUAUAUUGGCGAUAGAUUUGAUAAGCUGACACACAUUAUCGAUAACCUUUGUCUUUAAGCUAUUCCAUGGGGUUAACAAGAGAGCUCCAAAGGGAUUGAAAUGUGGAAACAAGUCAACUAUCAGAUACUCAGGAAUAUGAAGAUGAGUGACUGUCAAUGAAUUUUCUAUUCAUCCGACGUGUUAGACGUGUUAUUGCGAAAAUGUCCAGAAAUACUCUACGGGGCAAAAAUAGCUUAACCUUACCCCAGUCAGUAAGAUUUCAGCAAGGCUGAAGCUUAGGUUAAUCACAGCUUCAAGCCUUGUAGAAGGCUUCCCCAAUACAAACACAACAGACACAACCACGACAAAAGUAUUCACACCAUCACACACAUUCUUACCCAAUGGCGCCAAUACGUAGAUAUCUGCGUAUUAGCAAAUAUUCUGUUCUCGAAUGUCGCAUAUAUGUCGAUAAUCCAGCUUUGGCAGAAAGUUGGCUGCUUAAUUCAAGAAACCCAAUCCUGCCCCGAGUCAUCGAGAAGGUUCGUCCACUGGUUCUGCCAAAGCUGCGCGAGGAGCAGGAAAGGAGCAAGUCGAAGGGGAAGAAGAAAGGCGUGAAGGAUGUUGUAAGUGAUGAGGACUUUGAAGUAUCGAUAUUUUUGACGGAAACCAGUACGCGGCAUUCUAUCAUUUUUAAACAGAAACAUUUUCGAGAUAGAAACAAGAAAGCUUUACAGUCGAAUUCCGACAAACUUACUGGCAAUACGAAUGAUGCCCCAAUCGAAGUAGCUGGUGGCCCAGCUAUUGUGAGAGAAGCAAGCGAAGAGUCAUUCUCUCUACAAGAUAUACCUGAAGUAGGAGAUGAUUCAGAUUUGUUCAUUAGUGAAGAUGAAGGGCCUCGCGGAUCAAAACGUUCAAGAAUUGGGCGGGAAUCUACAGACUCUGAUUUUGGUCCUCUAGCGAAACGUCGGAAAGAUGGAGAAGUAUCAGAGGAUGAUGAUGACAAAAAGAAGAUGGCAAUGGAUACAUCUUACGAUGGAUUUUCAGUGAAUGGUCGCGUGCUAUGUUUGGUCGUCAAACGGAAAGACAAAAAGGGCAAAGCUCCAACCGCCAAUGGAGGUCAAGCAAUGAUGGAGGACUGGAUCGCGUCUACGCAGAUGCCGCCACAGCUAGACGAUGUAUGAGAUCCAGAUUUCCAAAAUACAUAUCCUCGCAUAUAACAUCCAAUGAUAGGCAGCUUCGGGGACCUCCACAACUGCGGAAGAGCCAUAACCGCAUGCCCAGACAAACCAGUGGUCUCGGCAAUGCUUACACAAUAAUCAGAGGAUCUUGGGAGAACGGACUUCCAAUUAAGCCCUCUACUACAGAAGUAGCCUGGCUAAGUCUUUUGAUAUGUAAACUUUUCAAGAGAAGAAAAAGUCAAAAUGUCCGCAUGCCAAACUCGGCGAAUUACUAGAUACAUAUUGUCCGAAAAGGUCAAUAUUUAAAAGCACUCCCAAAGGAGUUUGGUCUCAGUGCCUGCAUCUUCGUGCCUCUGCCCAAAGCUCUGCUUUACCGUCGAUCAUUUUACCGUUAUAUGGUGUUAUGGUGCAAUUGUGUGACACGAUUGGUUCAUCGCGGCAUUUGUAAAAUUUGGUUUAAUUCCGUUUCGCAGUGAAAGUUUGUGAAAGUGUCUUGAUUGUAGAUCUAGACCUCCACCUUCUAUCACUGGUCUCCAAACCCGGGGUAAUAAUAACCUGAUGGCCACAGCUUAGCAUUAUACUCUUCUAAGCUCAAACCUAUUCUCUGGCCAGACCUUAAUCAUCAACUCUCAUACGUGUUGAGUUGGAAGAAAUGCAAGAGGUAGAAGCAUGGAAGACGAUCAGCGUCGAGUAGUUCGACUUGAUUUUGAUGUCACAAUUUGUCCUGUAUUCUCAAUCUCUAUCAUUGACCUAUCGAACACGAGCCACCUUAGUUAUAUCUUGCGAUGAGUUGCAUGUCACAAGUUACAAAGUGAAAGCUGGCCAUCAGGAAGACCAGAGACGACAGCUAAAGUGAUCUACCGGUAUCUACGCGGUACAUCCCAAAUUUGUUGGUGCUGCAAGUGUAUUCGCUUCAAACAUUCUUUCAUAAAGGCGAGGACAGAUCCCCAAAUAGGAUUAUCACACGUUCCUGUCCCUGGAAUUGCUCAACAUGGUCCAAGCCUCUCAUAGACUUUCCUCUCUGCGUCCCCCGUUCCCUCUCCCGUCUUCCCCACAAACGACACGGCAUUGAGGUAUGCGCGGACCAAAAGAAAUUUAACAAAUUACAGCAUUCUCAUCUUUUGUGUACGUACGAUUCGAAAGUAUAGUCGAGUCGAGAUCAAAAUUGAGCCUUGAUUGGUGCGGAAGAACGCCACUCAUGCGAACGGACGGUUUGUUUUGUACACAGAACUUUUUACCUAUGGGAGAAAGUAUAAAUCCUAUUUUACGGAGCUUUAUUCUACUGAUUAAUUAACCUCAUGGCGUCUUGGUUGUAGUGUAAUCAAAGAAUGCCAUUGGCAACCAUCGACUUCGGCCAAAUGCAGCUCCAAAAUGGUUUGCCGAAGAGACAUUUCGCUUUCAGUCGAUGAUAGCCAUUGCUUAUCUCCCCGAAGUCUAUUUAACGUGAAGUCAAUCUUCACCGACGGUGGUGAAACGUACCAAGGAUCUUUGGAGGACCGUUGGGAAAGCGUGAAUGGGUAGAAUAUUUCCAGUGGUCUGGCACCAAGAAAGAAUGGUGUUAGAUGUUGAAAGAUUUUUGCAUCGAUCGACAGUGUCAUCAUAAGCCUUCGGCUACAUUCUUGCCAUUCAGUGGGAAUCCCCGUCGGAUGAUUUUUCCAAGGCUGUGGAGGAGAUUCCCCAAUUUUUUGUACCAAUUAUGUUGUAUGUUGAUGAAGAAAUGUCCACAAGUACUGUUUCUAGGCGAGUUUUCUCGGACGUUGGCAAUUUUGAUGAUGCAAAUCGGGAAGCGACUAUUGAGCUCGUGAUCCCCAUCAUUCUAGAUUUUGGGUUCAUUCACCCAAUAUUGAACACAUAUAGCUUACAAAUGCUCCCAAUAUAUUACCAAGACUUCUAACCGUGUCACAGACAGCGGGGUACAGGUGGGAAAUUGGCGUUUUGGGUGGACCGUGUAGACAUGGAAACAUUUUCACUGCUAUUAUGAUGCUGUAAACUGCUAGGACUGUAUGAGCUGCAUGUCAUCGGCGCUGUGAUGGUAGAUCGGGAAGUUGGAGAGUUUUAUCGUAUUCUCUGUUUAGCAUCAAGCUGAAUGUAGAAGGAUACGAAUUAUUUUUGUUCUCUCCAUGGCCGUGCGCGUCUAGUCAUCGCAUUCGCGUAGCCGGAGCGCCCGAAACUUCCAUAGGAUGCGACGGAAGACAUAUGUACAUCCCGUCUACGUCAUAGUCGUCGUUAUUGAUGGUUGCUGGGCAGUGGGCAGUGCUUUUUUAGCUCCUUUUUCAAAGGAACAAGAAUAACGAAUACUGUUUUUGUUUCUUGUUCUUGCUAAGUUGAGUAGUACAUUGUUUGCGAUGAGGUUUAUUCGAGUUUGAAAAUAUUGAAGCUAGUCUCUUUCGCAUACAG